GUGACGUCCUAAGCUAUUAAACAAUCAGCAUAACAACUACAACUCUAUGGAACGAUGAAAGAACGCCACCGAUCUGAUUGUCGAUAGCAUUUUAACAAUACGCCAUGGCUUUGCUGUUGUGGAAAGCGUUCGACUUCUUCGAAGUUAGCCAAGUCAAGCUCGGCGACGAUGAGACACGAUCACUCUUUGAGAAUAACGAGAUAUCAAGCGUCUGUUCCGGGUCCGAUAGUCUAUUUAUAGGGAGCGAUAAUGGAUACGUACGCAUCAUCGGACCUAGCUGGAAGAUCGUUCGGAGCUUUCAUGCACAUGAGACGGGUCGCAUUACCCAUAUGCGCCAGGUCGAGGGGACAAGUCUUCUCGUAACUGUCUCGGAGGACCUUAGCAAUGAGCCGGUAUUGAAGGUCUGGGCAUUAGACAAGCCUGUUAAGAAGACGGGAUUACCUACCUGCCUAAGUACAUUAAGCAUACACAACGGCCGAAAACAGUUCCCCAUCUCAUCCUUCACCGCACUCGAUGACCUAUCACAACUCGCCGUAGGAUUCGCAAACGGAGCAGUCACUGUAAUACGAGGUGAUCUUAUACACGACCGAGGCACAAAGCAGAGGAUAGUCUACGAAUCAGAAGAACCGAUAACAGGAGUCGAAUUCGUAGCCGACCCCAAGCUCACGACGCUGUUUGUUGCAACGACCUCUAAACUCCUGAAGCUGGUUAUAUCAGGAAAAGGCCAAGGCCAGCCUCCGAGGACAAUAGAGGAUGCCGGGUGUGCAGCUGGGUGUAUGACAGUAAACAACAAAACCGGGGAUAUCAUCGUGGUUCGGGAUGACGCUGUGUACUAUUAUAGCUCGGAGGGAAGGGGACUCUGCUUUGCUAACGAUGGAGUCACGAGUCUGGUAUCAACAUUCCAGGAUUAUGUCGCACUCAUUGCGCCGCCCCCAGCUUCUGGAAGUGGAGGCUCUGACAGUAUUAGACGUCGUUUUGGGGGGACAAACACAGAAUCUCUGUUCAAUGCCGCUAGGUUCACAAUGGUGGACCCCUCCCUUCAAAUAGUCGCCCAUUCUGAAUCUCUCAUCUCUGAAGUCAAGGUGAUCUUUCAGAUAUGGGGAGACUUGUAUAUUCUCACGCAAGAUGGGAAGGUCAACCGGUACCAUGAGAAGUCGUUGCAACAAAGACUCGAGUUAUUGUAUCAACGGAAUCUAUUCCCGCUUGCUAUCAACCUCGCGCAGAAGUCUGGCAUGGACCUACAACAACAGAACGUCAUCUACCGGAAAUAUGGCGACCAUCUAUACCAGAAAGGAGACUACGACAGCGCCAUGUCACAAUACAUCAAGGCGAUCGACAACACAGAACCGUCGCAAGUGAUCCGAAAGUUCCUUGAUACGCAAAGGAUACAUAACCUAAUCGAGUAUCUUGAAGAGUUACACGAGCGUCAUAAAGCCACCGCGGAUCACACAACUCUGCUGCUAAACUGUUAUGCUAAGCUAAAGGAUGUCGAUAAGUUGGAGAAGUUCAUCAAGUCCGAGGGAGAUCUCAAAUUUGAUUUGGAAACAGCUAUAACCAUGUGUAGACAAGGCGGUUACUUUGAACAGGCUGCCUACCUUGCCACAAAGCAUGGUGAAAACGAUCUAGUAGUAGAUAUUCUGAUCGAAGACUCCAAGAACUACGCGGAAGCGCUCGACUUCAUAUGGCACCUGGAUGCUGAAACGGCGUACCCGUGUUUAAUGAAGUAUGCGAGAGUACUCUUAGAGAAUUGUCCUAGUGACACUACGAAGAUAUUUAUCGACUAUUACACGGGAAAAUACAAACCGAAAGUCCAUAAAGUUCCAUUAGAAGAGACGCAGACUAUAUCGAGUGGUGGAUUUGUAGCUGGUGCUACCACAGCUGUGCAGAAUCUAACUAGUUUACUUCCUCUCCCGUAUAUGAAUACUUCUGCGAUACCUACACCUACCGGCCAGGGAUCACAAGCAACUAUUAGCGACGCAGGUGCUAUAAUAGAGCCCGAGACGAAUGGUGAUCCGAAGUACACACCACCGCCUCCUCGAACAGCCUUCUCGUCUUUCAUCGACCAUUCAGAUGAGUUUAUCGUCUUCCUCGAAGCUUGUCUAAAAGAGGAUUCCCUCAACGAGUCGGAUAAAGCAGACAUAUAUACGACCCUAUUCGAGAUGUAUCUCCACAAAGCCAGCGAGAGGAAGGGAAUGCAGCGAGAAGAGUGGGAGCUCAAAGCGAAGAAGCUCAUCGAGGGACGCGAAGUGCCUAUCGAGAACUCAAACGUCCUUCUGCUAUCCCACCUAUCGGACUUCCGCGACGGCACGACCCUAGUCAAAGAGCAGUCCGGCCUGCUAUCCGACAUCUUCCGGUCCUACACCUCGGCCAAGGACACGCGCGGAGCCAUCAAGGCGCUCCGCAAGUACGGGCCGGAGGAGCCGCAGCUGUACCCGGCGGCGCUCGCGUACUUCACGUCGGACGCGCGGAUCCUGGAGGAGGCGGGCCCCGAGGAGCUGGCGAACGUGCUGGACAAGAUCGACCGGGACGGGCUGAUGGCGCCGCUGCAGGUGAUCCAGACGCUGGGCUCGAACGCGGUGGCGACGAUGGGCAUGAUCAAGCCGUACCUGCGGGAGACGAUCACGCGGGAGCGGCGCGAGAUCGCGUCGAACCGGAGGCAGACGAACUCAUUCCGCAAAGAGACGGAGGCAAAGCGGGCCGAGAUGGCGGAGCUCGGGACAAAACCCGCCGUCUUCCAGGCCCAGCGCUGCCCCGGAUGCGGCGGCCUGCUCGAGCUCCCCGCCGUCCAUUUCCUCUGCAAGCACAGCUUCCACCAGCGCUGCUUGAAGCAGCAAGGCGGUGGCGGCGAGGACGGGGCGGAAGCGGAGGUCGAGUGUCCCGUGUGCGCUGUUAAUAACGCGGCUGUUCGCGCGAUGAAGAGGAGUCAGGAUGAGAGGGCUGAUAGGCAUGAUUUGUUUAAGGAUGCGCUGGAGAAGGGCGAUGAGAGGGAGAGGUUUAGGACGGUGGCGCAGUGGUUUGGGCAGGGUGUUAUGGGGGCUGGGACUGCGGAGUAGAGGUGAGAUUUGGAGAUUGAAGUUGGAGGUUUGAAGUUGGAAGUUUAAGUGAGGUUGAGCUUGAGGUUGGUGGUGAGAAUGAAAGGAGGGAAGGGGCUUAUGAUGCGACGAUACGAUAUUCUAGGUUGGAAGUUGGAAGUUAAGGGUGUCGUACAAUGAGUACUACAACUCUG